AUGCCCAAAUCCGCCAGCCGGAAGUCCGGACUCGCAGAGCUAAGAGCUUGCACAGAAUGCCGGUGCUCCGGGACGAAUCCCUGCUCGUACUGCGCGAAGAGCAACAAGCUCUGCAUUUUCGGGCCCCGUCCGUCCCGGACGCCUUUGACUAGACGAAAUUUGGAUGCUGCAGAGGUCCGCUGCACAGGUCUGCUUUCACUACUGCGCAGAUUGAACCCGGAUGUCGAUAUUGAAGAUGCGCUGCGGACGAUCGCGCCGGAGACGGAGUACCCCGGGCCUGUUGAGAUACCCCAGGAGUUAGAGCCUGGAUCUGAGAGCCCCGGCUCCUCGCAUGGCUUCGAAUGGAAUGAGGCUUCUAUGGCUCGGGACCCGGCGGACGGAAUGGUGUCUCUUCCUACGGCGAGAGCGGAAGGGUAUCUAGGGAAUAGUUCAGGAACCAGGCUCCUACAGACCAUCUCGGACCUACUCCCAGAGAACCAUAACCUGCAGGAACACCAAGGAGAGUCACCCGCGCGGGCGAGUCAAAUGGGGAGUCCGUCCCUGUUGAUGCAUUUCGCUAAUACUGCUGUGCUGGAUAACCUCAUUGACGCGUAUUUUCAGUGGUAUAACUGCUCGUACCCGAUUUUGCAUGAGAGUACGUUCCGGGACAAGUAUCGCAGCCGGCAGCAGAUCCAUCCGCGCUCGAGCUGGCAUUUGAUAUUUUAUCUUGUUUUGGCCAUUGGGCACUGGGUUUCUACUGGGGGGUCGCCGCUGAGCCAGUGUAGCUACUAUAUGGCUGCUCGGUCACGCAUUUCGAUGCGAAUGCUGGAGUCGGGGAGCCUUGUUGCUGUUCAAGCAUUUUUGCUCAUGGGUAAUUAUCUGCAAAAGCGAGACCGGCCGAACACAGGAUACAACUACAUCGGCAUCGCGUAUCGAAUGGCGCUGGGCCUGGGUCUACAUCGCGAGCCGCCUUCAGGAACGGCACACGAUACCUUGUUAAAUGAACGCCGGAGAGCGGUUUGGUGGGUGGUGUAUUGCUUCGACAGCGGGUUCAGCCUGACGACUGGGAGACCGGUCAUGGCGUCGGACUCUUUUAUCGAGACCCGUCUUCCGCUCAAUGUAGACGAUUCGAAUUGUGCUCUGGACUCUCCCUUGACUGCACCCGUGGAUAGACCGACUACAUACUCUGCUAUCAUUGCACAGGCCCGACUGGUGUCAAUCGCAAACCGGAUAUUCAGCGAAAUAAUCUCCUGCCCGUACAGACAAUCCUUCGACCUGAAAGCCCCCCGAUCCAUCGACCACCAACUUAAAGCCUGGAGACUAUCGCUCCCCUCCUACUUCACAGCGCAAGACGUACCAACAUGGUUCCGUGGCCCACGCGCAAUAGUCGGAUGGAAAGAGCAAAACCUGCGAAUGCUACUCUGGUGGGGGAGUCAACGUCUAUGCAGCGUGCCCUCAGAGCGCGAAGAAGCACAAAACAUGUGCCAUUUCGCCGCAGUCGAGACAAUCCAAGACGUAACAACAUUCUGCCGCGACUUCUUCGACACCCUCCACACAGGCCUUAGCUGGUACGCAACUUAUUUCUUAUUCCAGGCCAGCGUUGUCCUGAGCAUCCAUCACCUCCGGCCGCUCCCGCCCCUAGACAGCAGUUUGGCGGCCGUUAAUCAGGAACUCUGGUUCUCGUCUAUAUCCCGGGCCCGCGACUGUUUGGCUUCGCUAGGCCCAACAAAUAACGCUGCGAUGCGGUGUCUCGCGGUUCUGGAUAGGAUACGGGACCGGUCUCCGCCAGGACAGCCCGCGCAGAUCCGAGAAUAUGACCCGGCCUACCAGACACAGGAGCCUGGUGAAAUGGCGGAUACGUCUUUGGCCCCGUUAGCUGUUGAUCCCACGUUGCAGAUGUUCUUUGAAGAUACAUCGUGGGAGAAUGAUUUAUUUGAAGGGCUGAAUGGAUUUCCAAGUACCGAUGAGGUUGAUUUGUUUGACUACGUUGGGAAUACGGGUCAGACUAUGCAGUGA